AUGGACUCUGAUCCUCCUAGCGAGUUCAAACCUCUCCCCAUGAUCCGAGAUGAAAUUACCUACGAGGAAGCAAAAGCCAAAGAGGCAAACAUUCUUCAUCAACUGAGCUAUUACGAUCGAGAACUUAAAUUCCUUGUUCAUAUUUACCGAAAUCGAGACCUGAUUAGAGGUAUCAUUGCCCAUCAUCUCUACAGACGGAACGCGGACGAGAAAGUCCGCUGUGAAGCUGGCACAUACGCAUGGAUUGAAGAGAAUUGCGCAGAUAUCACUAUACCCAAGCUGUACGGGCUCAGACUGUCCACAGGCCAAACUUUUACCUUUCUCGACAACUUGCCUAUCUUCCGCCGUACAUAUGAGCGGGUGCGUCGUUGGCUUCUGCCCUCCCUCGGCCGUGCAGUGCCAUCUCGGUACGUUCCGCAUCCCCAGCAAGACCAGGAUGCGACGUUUAGCAUGCCAUAUCUUAUCGAAUACAUCGACCCAUUGUGA